GGGGGCUAUUAGCUGCCCGCCCGGCUCCUCCAGGGCCUGGAGCUCGGACGCGGGCUCUGGGGGAUUCUGGGGCGGGGACGCGGGCUCGCGGGGAGCAGUGGCCGGCCCCGGCCGCCGCGGUGGCUGCGCUCAGAAGCCGGCCCUGGCGUCAGGAGACCGGGCGCGCGGCGCGGGGCGCGAGUUCCCCUACCCGCCCGUGCGCCCCGUUAGGCCUUUCCUGGGCCCUAACGACAGCUCGCCCGUGCGUCGCCCUCGGAGCUCCCGUGUCCCCAAAAUGCCUUUCCCGCGCCCCCCGCCCUUCUGCGGCGACUGCCCAGGGUGCUCUGUACUGCCACAGUCGGACUGCCGAGCCUGCCGGGCGCUUCGGGGAGGGCGCUAGGGGCCCGGACGCCGAACGUAGGUUCCGGCCUUUACUCUCCGCAGCUGCGCACGGAGCCCCAGCUGGGGUUGUCCGCUCUGGGGAUCACAGGCCGCGGAGCCCGGGGCGCCAACCGCCGGCCCCUUCAGACAGCCCGCUUCCGCCGCCGGCCGUGGGACGCAGGCGCCGGGCGGACGCGGCGGCUCCGGCAAGACUCUGGCUUCCCACCCGCCUGAGGCCCCUGGGGCGGGGCUGCAGUGACAGUCCCGCGCGCUACCGCGGAAACAGGAAGUUGGUUGGGUGCGCGCCGGCUCGGGCUGCAGGUCCCGGGUCCCUCGGCCACCGCAGCCGCCCUGCCCAGGUGAAAGGGCUCCCGCACCGCCCGGUGCUCCUGAUCUGCCUGGCGUUGUGUGCAGAGCUGGAAAGCAUGGCUGUUAUAAAUGAAUUCUGAUUUGGGGAAGCAGAUGCCAACUUAGAGCCUCGUACCAAUCUCUCUGUGUUUAAAAGAAUGUUAACGAAACUGUCACCUUGGUGAGAAGAUCAUUCUAAUAGCUUUAUUCUGGCAUAUGGAGGUAUGGAGAGCUUGAAGGAGUUGGAAAGGUGCCCAGCUAAGACCAGGAUGCCAUCACCCUACCCAGGGCUCUGCAGUUUUCUCAUGGUGAACCCUUGAUGGAUUUGUUGUUGCUUGAGAAAUGGCUAUGAUCGAAGUGGGAUUGGAAAGACAGAAUUUUCAUCCGUUAAAGAGGAAGAGUGCAUUGCUGUUGAAACUCAUAGCUGUUGUCUUUGCUGUGCUUCUAUUUUGUGAAUUUUUAAUCUAUUACUUAGUGAUCUUUCAGUGUAAUUGGCCUGAAGUGAAAACCACAGCCUAUGAUGGUGAACAGGCCUCACGUGAGCCUGUGCUCAAAGCCAUGUUUUUGGCUGACACCCAUUUGCUUGGGGAAUUCUUAGGCCACUGGCUGGACAAAUUACGAAGGGAAUGGCAGAUGGAGAGAGCGUUCCAGACAGCUCUGUGGUUGCUGCAGCCGGAAGUCGUCUUCAUCCUGGGGGAUGUCUUUGAUGAAGGGAAGUGGAGCACCCCUGAGGCCUGGGCGGAUGAUGUGGAGCGGUUUCAGAAAAUGUUCAGACACCCGAGUCAUGUACAGCUGAAGGUAGUUGCUGGAAACCAUGACAUUGGCUUCCAUUAUGAGAUGAACACAUACAAAGUGGAACGCUUCGAGAAAGUGUUCAGCUCUGAAAGACUGUUUUCUUGGAAAGGCAUUAACUUCGUGAUGGUCAACAGCGUGGCGCUGAACGGGGACGGCUGUGGCAUCUGCUCUGAAGCAGAAGCAGAGCUCAUUGAAGUUUCUCACAGACUGAACUGCUCCCGAGAGCAGGCACGUGGCUCGCGCCGGUGCGGACCUGGGCCUCUGCUGCCCGUGUCUGCCCCCGUCCUCCUGCAGCAUUAUCCUCUGUAUCGGAGAAGUGAUGCUAACUGUUCUGGGGACGAUGCUGCUCCUCCAGAGGAAAGGGACAUCCCAUUUAAGGAGAACUACGACGUGCUUUCACGGGAGGCAUCACAAAAGCUGCUGUGGUGGCUCCAGCCGCGCCUGGUUCUCAGUGGCCACACGCACAGCGCCUGCGAGGUGCACCACGGGGGCCGAGUCCCCGAGCUCAGCGUCCCGUCUUUCAGUUGGAGGAACAGAAACAACCCCAGUUUCAUCAUGGGCAGCAUCACGCCCACAGACUACGCCCUCUCCAAGUGCUACCUCCCACGUGAGGACGUGGUUUUGGUCAUCUACUGUGGAGCGGUAGGCUUCCUUGUGGUCCUCACACUCUCUCACUUGGGGCUUUUAGCCUCACCUUUUCUUUCUGGUUUGAACUUGCUCAGAAAGCGUAAGACAAGAUGAAGAGCAGGCGCCACUGUAAAUAUCAAAGCCCAAGAAAUGGAACUUUGGGCAGAGAUCAUGUUAGAAUCAAGUGGAUGAUGAGACCAAUUACAGGCCGUCUCUCUGCACGUCACAGAAAUUCUCAAUCACUGACACGAGUAACUGCAAAAUAAAUAGUUGAUUGUACUGUUCUCAUGCUAGCAAAGUGGACAAGUACUCUACAACAAAUCUGUUUUCUCAUUUUUAUCAAAUAUAUGUAUCAUCGAAGGUUGCAUCUGUACAGUAUUAAAUGCUAUUAAUGUCGUCACUCA